AUGGACGAGUUUAUCCCUUCUUCAUCUUCACUACUUUCCGCAUCUCAACAUCAGCCAGCAAGCCUCCAACAAAGGCUUCAGCACAUACUUGAAAACCAGAGAGAGUGGUGGAUUUAUGCCAUUUUCUGGCAAACCUCCAUGGAUGAUGAAGGAAGCAUCUUUUUAACAUGGGGAGAUGGCUUUUCCCGAGGGACCACAGUCAUUAAAGAAAUUCAGGGCAAGGCCUUUAGUACAGGCUCCAUAGUUUGGUUGAGUGGGGACAAUCAACUUGAGAUCCAAAAUUGUGAAAGAGCUAAAGAGGCACAGAGCCAUGGUGUCCAGACCAUGGCUUGUAUUCCAACUUCAAAUGGAGUAGUUGAACUCGGAUCAAAAGUUAUCAUAACGCAAAACUGGAGCUUGGUUCAACAAAUUAAGUGCUUAUUUGAAUCAGAUCUCUUUGGUCUAGGUCUGGUUUCACAACAGUAUUCAAAACUUGGUAUCAAUCCUGAUGAUAUUGAUAUACUAAGUCAAAUUCAAGAAGAUGCCCAACAGAAGAUGAUGGAAGCACUUCCCAGUUCCAAGAUUUCAGAUUCAACUUGCCUAUUUAAAAUACGCAAGAAGAGGGGGAGAAAACCUCUUGUUGGGCGGCCUAACGUGCCAUUAGUAAACCAUGUGGAUGCGGAGAGGCACAGAAGAGAGAAGCUGAAGAAAGCGUUUUGUGAACUCCAGUCGGUAGUACCAUACGCGUCAACAAUGGACAGAGCAUCGUUGCUAUCAGCUGCUGUAUUGUACAUUAAAGAACUGAAAGAGAGAGUUCAAGAAUUUGAGUCCAAGAGAAUGAAGAUGGAGCAACUAGAAAUUGAAGUGAAGAUUGUUGGCGAAUAUGGUAUGAUCAGGGUACAGUCGGAGAAUACUAAUUAUCCAGUUACUAGAUUAAUGGAUGUCAUUCAAGAUCUUGAGUUACAAGUAAACCACGCUAGCAUGUCAAGUGUUAACGAUCUCAUGCUUCAAGAUGUUGUUGUUAGGAUUCCUGGUGAUGGAUUAAUCACAAGUGAGGAUGCAUUAAGAACUGCUCUAGUCACAGGAUUGGAGAAAUAA